AUGGUGCACCAGGCGAGCAUGGAUCUGGAACCCAACUCUCCACAAGUUUUUGUGAAUGAUUGCAAUAAUGAGGAAGAGUCCCCUCCUUUUCCUCCGCUCGAUUCCCUCCCACAAGUUCCAUCACCAUUGCCCAGCCCUGCCUCCCCCGUGAUGGCUUCGCACAUCUUGAAGUCUGUCAGGCCAAAGAAUCCUCUUGAGAAACUUGUACUCCUUCCAUCCGUCGUCAUGAUAUCGUGGGCUGCCUGGCACUCGUCGUCGUCCUUCUUCCCUUCUUACGGAGCCCUCCCUCUUCUUCUUUUCCUUGUCACGACCAUUUAUCUCCUGUCCGUGUCUCGUUUCGCAUCAAGCUUCAAUCUGUUCUCAGCACCAUUAUCACAGCGCCUAACAAAGGCCGACAAGAAAGCAAUCAAAUAUGCCAACGCCAAGAAACGGCUCAAACACACCCGCCAAAAGUACCAUCGGAAGAAGUCUCAAAUCUACAAGGAGUUGACGGAGGAGGAACGAGCGAUCGUCAAGGCGGGGAUAGUAGCUAGGGAGGAAGAGAGAGCGGCGAGAUUUGCAGCUGUAUUGGCGGUCGAUGCACCGUGGUUAAGAGCGCGGGAGAAAGGCUCGAGCCCAAGACAAGGAGGGUCGCUUCCUUUCCCUAAGAACCCGGCGAUGGGAAGCCCGUGGGAGGCGGACCAAAACGAAGAGGCCGACAGACGACAAGAGGCAUCCCUAGCUGCCCCCCCUCCCUCCUUCCCUCCCUCCCUUCCCCGUCACCUUCGCAUCGCCCUAGACCUGCACUACGGGGAACGCAUCCACGGCAUCCGUGGCACCCGCUCUCUCACCCAGCAAGUGGGAUGGUGCUACCACGCCCUGAAACGCGCGUCCUCUUUCGACAACACCCCUAUUUUCCACGUCACUUCUUUCCAAGGGCCCACUGCCGAUGUCCUGCGCGGGUCUGGCGUUCACAACUGGCCCAUCUACAGGCAUGCGGCCUCCGUGGUGGAGGUUUUCCCCCGCCCGUCCAUCGUCUACCUGACGCCCGAUGCCGACCAGGUGCUCGCGGCUCCUUUGGACUUGAGCAAAGUCUACGUCAUCGGCGGGAUCGUCGAUCGUACGGUCGUCCGCGGCGUCUCCGCCCAAGCGGCCAAGGAGUGGGAGGUGGAGACCGCUCGGCUGCCAUUGGAGCUAUUGGAUCUGAAGGCGAAGAAGGCCUCGCGCGCCCUGAACGUGGACACGGUUCUGAAGGUGUUGAUGAGCGUUCACGCCAACAAGGGGGACUGGAGGGCGGCUUUGACGGAAUGCCUCCCGAAAAGAAAAGCGGCGGCCCGGAGCAAGAGGGAGGAGAAACGAGACCGGGAAGGGCCGGGGGAGGGGGGAAGGUCGGGAAACGAACAGGACAAAGAAGACAAAAUACCAUCAUGA